CACCGUCACACUUGUUGCAGUGUAAUCAAUUGAACGGAUCAGAUCUUUAUUUCCUCGGAAGCGCGUAUAUCCAUCGAGCGCCGGCCAGCUCCUCUCGAUUCCCGUCUAAUCAGCACAUCUGACUAAUUGAUCUGUCGCAUCGGUGGCUUGAUAUCGCGUGCUCACCCUCCAAUUACCACAAAGGUUUAUAUCAACGACGACUUCUACCUGCUUGAAACUACAAUUCUUUCGUCAGGAACCAGGGUUUUGUAAAAGCUGGCGUCCAGGUCACUACCGCGACUUCUCCUCGCCCGGGACCACCUUUCCUCGUGGAAUCAGUUCAAGCCAUCGUCACGCAAAAUGUCCGGUCUAGCAGAUCUAGCUUCUAAACUCUUCAACCCCAAGGCGGAAUUCCGGCCCCAGAUUGUCCCCACGACCAAGCGAGUCCGCGGUGUUUUGAAUGGCAAGUACAUUUUCGAUACAACCGACGCGAAAUUGGUGUGGGAGCACCAAUAUUUCCCUUACUACUGGAUCCCAAAGGCCGAUUUCCUGGAGACGGCCACCUUUGAACAAGACAAACCCAUCUCUGGCAUCGACUCGUCGACUUCGAAGCUGUCGGUCGGUGACAAAUGGGUCCCUGCGCUGAUCGUUCCGGAGUCAUUCAAUUCCGACCUCGCAAACCACGUCAAGGUCGACUUCAAGGCCAUCGAUGCGUGGUACGAGGAACAAGCGCAGGUCCUUUAUCACCCCAAAGACCCUUUUCAUCGGGUGGACAUUCUCCCGUCCGGACGCAAGGUGCGCGUUGAGAUUGACGGGGUCUGUCUGGCCGACACGGGCUCAGAUGGAGGUGUCAUGUCGCUGUGGGAGACCAAGUUCCCCGGCAGAUGGUACCUUCCUCGAACCGCCGUCAAGUGGGAAUAUCUCACGCCCAGUGAGACACACACGGGCUGUCCAUACAAAGGAGAGGCGAGUUACUACAAUGCCACUGUGAAUGGAAAGGAAUACAAGGACGUGGUUUGGUGGUAUAAGAAUCCCAUGUUGGAGAGUGUACAGAUCAGUGGGAUGUUGUGCUUCUAUCCUGACAAGGUUGAUACCUGGGUGGAUGGGAAGCCAUUGGAAAAGAUUGGUAUGCCUGGAUCAAUAGGCAAGAAGUAGGAUGAAGACCACUUGGGCUUGUAGGCAGUAGAAGUAGAUAAUCACACCUUGUUUUCUUCAA